AUGGCAGGGUUUUCUCUGGAGCUAUCCCUUCCCUCGUCAUGGCGACCUCAACCGAGGUUCUCCAGUCUAUCUCGGAGUGUAUCUGAGAGGGAGGUUAAAGACGGAGGGACUAGUAGUUUGAUAACUGCCGUAUCAACAACCUCUCUUACCUUACCGGGUGCACCGCGUCGCGAUUAUCAGGAGGGCGAAGAAUGGAUCAAGGGCGCAUUGCUUUGUACCUGGGGAGCAGGCAUAGUGCUUGCCCUAAACUUCGUUAUGGCGAUUGUGGCAACGGGGAUCAGCUACUCUAAACCGUCAAACAAGAGACGAUUCCAGUCAAUCGCGUUGUACGAUGGGGACUGUUCGGUUUCAAGUCACUGGGCGACGGGAUUGCAUUUGCUCAUCAACCUUCUCAGCACCCUGCUCCUGGCGGCCAGCAACUAUGUCAUGCAGUGCUUAGGCGCCCCGUCGCGUUCGGACGUCGAUCAGGCCCACAAGCAACGCAAAUGGCUCGAUAUUGGCACCUUUAGCGUGCGAAAUUUCGCUGUGAUGGACACGAGGAGAAAGAUACUGUGGACGCUUCUGCUGCUAAGCUCAACCCCCAUCCACAUGAUAUAUAACUCGGUGGUUUUCUCCUCCAUCUCCAUGCUUGAAUACGCUACGGUUUUGGUCCCCGAGGAUUUGACGUCCAGUGAGCCAUUGGUUGAAGGAAAGGAUGACACAAACAGCUUCAUCCGUCAGGUGGGCACCAGUCCCGUUGAUCUUCAAGCUGAGAUCUCCAACGGCACCUUUCAAACCAUGAGCGUCAAGGAAUGUAUAAACAGGUAUAACGUGGAAUUCAAUACUCAACUUGGAACCCUCAUCUUCACUACCGACCGGAACCACUUUCAUAACACAGGCAGUCUUCACGGCGUGAUCGGUUACUCAGUAUCCUUAGAUAUAACGAUAUAUGAUGAGCUGGGAGCCACGGAUGCGCAAGCGAUAAACGAUAGUAGCGUGACGGUGCAUGGUCUGCAUUGGACGUACCUUCCUUGGAACUUCACCGCACCGGAUACGCUUCCUGGGAAACGCACCUCCUUCACCCUCCAUGAUAUGGACUAUCUAUAUGACUAUGAUGGAUACAAAAAUGAUAUCUUAGAGCACGACCUGGACACGCUUCACGUUUAUCUGGCCACCUACAACCCUGACCGACAGGCGCUGAGUACAUAUCUGAAGACCCCUACACACUGGGCGAAUAGCUCUUGGGCAGCAAACCUCGCGUUUGAGCUGGAUCGUGCCACACGGGUUUCGCUUUCCCGCUGCAUGACCAAAGACAAAGACCAACGUUGCCAAUUAUUUUUUAGCCCACCUAUCGCCAUAGCGGUAAUUGUAUCUAACGUGAUCAAGGUAGUCUGCAUGUAUCUCACAGCCCGGACGGGUAGGAAGAAUAUUCUUUUGACUGUCGGCGACGCCCUCGCCUCGUUUUUGACGACACCAGACCCAACUACAGAAGGAAAAUGUCUCCUGUCGCGGGCAGACGUAUCUCGUGGUCAAGAAUCAUGGACUACAGUGACGAUCUGGUCAAACCCUAAUCGGUUCAAGGGAUACUAUCUAGAGCGGUCUAAGGGCAGUACGGCAGACAUUCCCUUGGUAGAGACUUCUUCCGAAGCAGAUCCUCCUGCGGAUUACCCCAAGAGGCUCCCAGAGAGGAAGCGAUGGUAUCAAGCUGCCAGUGUCAAGCGUUGGACAGCUACUCUCAGUUUUUUUACUUGCUGCUUAGCAACCUCUAUUUUCCUCCUCUGGCUCGCUCUAGGCACUGCUAAUGGUUCCAUCCCAGAAGCAUGGGCCCUCGGAUUUGGAAAGGCCACCGGCCAGACUAUGAUCCCAAGCACUAGCAUCUCGUCCACCAUAAUCUCACUAGUGCUGCUGAGCAACACGCCACAGAUUGUGCUCUCCAUCCUCUAUUUUCUCUGCAACGGCCUCAUGACCUGCAUGCGGAUCGCUGCCGAGUACGACGAUUACGCCACCCAGCGCAAACCUUUACGGGUCUCCUGGCCCCGAGGCGAGCAGCGCUCAACAUACUACCUCAGUUUGCCCUAUCGCUACAGCGCCCCUCUCAUUUUCUUCUCCGCCGUAAUGCACUGGCUCCUGUCCCAGAGCAUCUUCUUCGUCCACAUCCAAGUAUACGACGUACACGACCAACUAUCCCCAACGUCCUUUCGCGGCUGCGGCUAUUCGCCCAUCGCAAUUUUCAUUGUCCUCCUCGUCUCUUCUGUUGCUCUAUUAGCUCUUCUUGGGGUGAGUUCCCGACGGCUCAAAUCCCGCAUGCCACUAGCGACGCAUUGUAGCGCCGCUAUCAGCGCCGCCUGUCAUCCCCCGCCGGGUGAUCGCGAUGCCGCUCUGAAGCCGGUGAUGUGGGGAGAGGUACCGCGAGCGGCGUACCAUGGAGCUGGUCCGGAAUCAUUGGAGACCAGAUACCACUGCACUUUCACGUCGCAGGAGGUCGAGACCCCGAACCCGUCUCGUUUGUAUCUUUGA